UCGAAGCGGGAGGGGGCUACUGACGGGCGAAUUUUCACAUGUGCUAAAUUAUUGAUAGGGCCUGUCUUGACUUCUUCCUCCUGAUUAUGUAAAUAGGUGCUGUGAUCGAACCCUUUGCUGACUGACAGUAUAGCUGUGUCCAUACGUGGCGUUACCUGUACAGAGCAAACUAGAAUGUAUUGAUUUUCUCCAGGUAUAACGGAGUAACAGCUGGUUCUCAAAGAUGACUGUAUCUCCGGUAUACAGCUGAUUUGAAACGUUUUCUCUGUGAUUUUUCGCAUUUAUAUAUAUGUCUUUAAAUCCACGAGUAGGGACCACGCCCUGCUAGCUCGCUACCUACACAUAUCGGGGUGCGGUCGAUUCAGUACAUUGUUCAUAAGUCUUGUUCUGUGUUGCAAUGCUGGUGGCAUCUUUGUUGGAAUACGGGCCGCUGUCGAGUGCUAUCCUGGGUGCUUCAGUGUUUACAUUAAAGUGGGGAUAAAUACGUCUGUUUCUCAAGUGGAAUGUUACAUCUAUGUUACCGUUUAAGGAGAUUGAGAUAAGUAUGUAACGCGGUCACGUGGUUAUUGGAUUUUAAAUCAAUCGGAUUCGGUACGUGAUAAGGUAUACUUAGUGGAGUAACUGUCGUGUAAGGACGUACGUACUGGGAGACCUCAGCUUAUAUUUGUAUACAUAUAAACAAGUAGAUCGGAUUCUCUUAAUGAUACAAACAGGGAAUUACAAGGAUGGUGUAUUUGUUAUGCCGUGAUGAAUAGACAGAAACAGUCGAUACAAUGCUAUGAAAUAUACAAAGAUGUUUAGUCUAUAUUGAAUAUGAUAGCUUGGAAUAUACAAGAGUACUAGUGGUGUUAUCAUUCUAAAAAGAAAAACAACUGUUAAAGAAACUUCAAAUACUUAUUUUGGAGUACAGCACAUCCCGGAAAAGCAUCAGUGAAUAUUUACUCAGGAUAGCGAUUAGUGAAUAUUUUAACUCAGGACAGAAUACUAGUGAAUAUCAACUCCAGAUACAACACAGUGAAUACUCACCCGGGAAAACACACCAGUAAAUACUUACUUGGGAUAGCAUACCGUGACUACCACACCGGGAUAGCUCGCGAUAACCUACCAGUGAAUAUUAACUCGGGAUCGCACACCAGUGGUUGUUGACUUGCUAUAUAACAAGGAAUUAUUGUAUCGACGUCGCGGUAAAACCUAGAGUGCGUUGGGUACCACAGGGAAGCUGAUUUCGAUUUUGCGAUUUUGAAAUAAUAUGGUAUCGCAUGGGCUUUGGAAUCAGCAAACAGGUUACGAUCAACCAAAGGAACAAAGAUAGCCCCAGAAGCACCGUCAUCGUAUUCAGCAAAGAGGACGCAGAGAGUGUACUAAAGGGAGAAGAAACUGGCACCUAUCUCUUGUAUCGGGACCAUGACACCGAUAGGCUCUACCUGUCCCUAAGAUCGAGUGAUUAUGUAGAGCACCAUCGAGUAAAUUUCGAGGAUAAUCUUUAUUAUAUGGACAACCAGCCUUACCCCUACCUCGACUCCAUUGUCCUGUAUCAUCAAAAACAUAGACUCAACGGUACCAAACUCACCCACCACGCGCAGCUAAGUGCACGAACGGUAAAGAUGUUCACCAUGAAAGUGACAGCACGAAACGGAAAUGUUGUAACAGACGAUAGUGUGGCGUCAGACGAUGCAGAGGUUCCGGGGGAUGACGUCAGAAUACCAGGUAUAGAACAUACCAAUGACAUGGUGCUUGGCAGACAGCGAAUAAGUAAGUCAAGCGGACGCUUAUGGAUGUCGGGAAUGCAAAAAUCCUUAAAGCGCAUGUCCGUUAGUGAAUCCUAUGACCUUCAAGAAGGUAUCUACUCAACACGUAAUGACAUCCAACCUAAUUCACCAGUCAGAGGAAACGGUCACGUGACUCAUUUAGCAGCGGAGGAAUCGGAUGAGUCAGACGAUCUGGAUGAUGUGCGAAAAUAUAUGUUUGAAAAUGAGGAAGGACUAACAGAACAUAAUAGUGCGUCAAAUAAUAACAUUGUUUCCGGUCGGUAUUCCGGAUAUGUCGUAGACGAAUCAGACAUCGAACUGUGUGAAGAUCAGUCGUCUCUAUUUGAAGACGAGUCUAAUAUCCUGUACUGUAGCCAUUUAUAGGGGGCAAACCAACAAUAUUGUACUCAUAUUAUGAAUAUGCAGCCAUGUUACAUUGAAAUGUCUUAGAAUUUGUUUGUAUUAAUUUCUAAGACAACACUAUUGUCAUGUGAAAAACCAAACAGUGCUAAAAGCGAUUGGUCCCUCUCCUUUAAAAAUACAAACGAAAAAUUAGGACUUGAGCAAGUCUGCUACUUCAUUGAUGACGCAUUUUUAAGCCAAGUGUGAAAAAAGAACUACUCGCGCUAUCCUUAUGACUGCUCGGUUCAGCAGACACUAAAACAGCCAUUUUGUUAAAAAGUAUAGACAAACUUAUCACGCAUCAUUUGAUAUAAAUUCAGUACCACCUGUGUAAUCCGACUCAUGAUAAUUUCGACAUCCUCUCCAAUCCAACAUUAUUACUCAAUGCUAUUUUGUAAGGACACUAUAAAUAAUACUGUACCUGUAUGUUAGGACAUCCUGUAUUAUUCGACUUCCAUUUCUUAUGUAAUUAUAUGAAACUAGUCCUGUUUAUUCCGACAUCGUGUUUAAUUUGGCCAUAACUUUAUCCUGCUGAAUGUUGGACAAGCCAGGAUUACUGCACAAGUAUAAAUGUAUUUUUUGUACAUUAGACCUGUACAUCUGUGUAUUCUGACAGCCUGUCCAAUCCGACUUAUUAUAGCCCGACUGUUUAUCGAAGCUGUUAAACAAAACCUGUGUAUUUCGACAUUCUGUCUAACCUAGCCAUUAUAUUGCCCUACAUGGUGUCGGAUAAAGCAGGUUUUGCGUUAUUUAGCGCCACAAAAAACCUCUCUGCUUUCUCGGCAAUUACCCUACAAAAACGUUGGAGACCAAAUCAAUUCAAGCAUCUAUGGACAAAACUUAGCCAUAUAAAGUCAGUAGGCUCAAAGUCAUGUACAUGUAAGUAAAGACACCAUCUUUUAUUGAAUUGAUUUUGAAUACUUCAGGCUUAUUUUACAUUUUGUUAGGUCCGAAACUAUAAAAGUUCGGAAAAACUGUAUAUGCCAUAUUGCCAAUGUAUACGUUUAGUAGAACUACUUCCGGUUUUCCGAUGUGUGACCGUAACUUAAUUUUUUUCUACAUUGCUAAAAUACUAUGUCAUGAAAAUAUUUUUCUGUUGAUUUUUCGUCAGUUUUAAAUAUUUUCAUUUCUGUUCUAAUUGUGAUCUUUUGUUGAGAGUUAUUUCCCCUUAAACCCGGUAACUGGUAAUCAUUCAGACAUAAUGGAGUUUAUUUUUGUGUACAUUUCACAAGAACUCUUUAAAUGAAUUCAGAUUUUCAAACAUACUGUUACUGAAAUGAUUUGAAGGUGUUUUUGAUGUUGAACCUUUUUCGGAAUAAGGUGGUUUAGCCAUGCCAGAGUAAAGCAACGUAUAGCCUUAAACUUGUAUCCCACUGAAACGUGUAGACACAUAUUUACAAUAUAGGUAAAUUAACAUGUGUAGAAUAUGGAAACACAUUUCUAUGAUUAAGCAGGAGUGAAUGGGGACGAAUGAUAGGUUCCUGUGAUCGACUUUCUAGUUCGUCUUACCACUAAUAUGUAUGAACGGUUUUGGUGGUGGAGGAAAGCCGCAAAAAAACACCGACCUGCGGUAAGGACAUGGUCACUGCACUACAUAGGCCUUGAACCCACGACCAAGUGGUGGAGGGCUAGUGAUCGAGGACAGUCAGACGUCUAAACCACUCGCGCACGUCGGCCCCCUAGGAUUGUCAACUAAAGCGUACUUUAAUAAGUUUAGCAAUUUUGGACAAUUUGACAUGUACUGCCGAUAUAUUCUGUAUUUAUUUUGACAUGUAAUGCAGAUAUGUACUUAUCCAUUCCAUAUUCUUAUAAAAUAUUUGUUUGUUAGAAAACGACAUUUACUUUAUCAUAUAGGAUUUUUGUAGGUUUCUUAUUACUUCUCGGUUUGAAAUAAAAACAAAAUAAAAACAAAUAACUUAAAUAGUAAAAUGAAAAUAAAAUGUCUUCAGGAUAGCAAUUAUGUAUGAUCCAUUAGAUGACCUUAUAUAAUUAAAUGUUCUAUGCAAACAAAUCGCCUAUACUCUAAACUUUGUUUUUCUUUGUCAUAUUCGUGGGCUACAGGUACCUGUUUCAGACAGUAAUACAUCCAGUGAUUGUGUUCUUUUUUCUACUCUACAGUUAGUGUAAACAAUAUAAUUCUGCAUUAAAUUAAAUUUAAAUUGCUUUUUCCAUUUUCCAUUUUCGACAAACCAUUUCUUAAAACUCAUAUAUAUAUAUAUAUAUAUUUGUGUGUGUGUUUAUGUGUAACAUAUUGACUUAUUUCUCCAUAUCCUGAUUGUUUAUGGCUAUUUUUCAUAUUUAUAUAUUAUUUUCUCAAAAAAAGUGAACUUCACAAAGAAAACUGCAUGUCUGUGAAAUCAAAUUAUUCCCAGCAGAAGUGAUUUUAAUCUAAAGUGUUGAGUUCAGAAAUUUCGAAAUUAUAUCAUUUUUGUAGUCGAUGGAAGUAAUUUCGAACGAAUAAUCUUUUCAUUUUUUUUUCGAAAUGCAAAGAUUAUCAUGUUGUCAAAAUGAUGUCAGAAUCACAUAUUGUAAAGCUAGUACGACAUUUCAACUACUUUAUAUUUCGCUUUUUGGGUCAAUGACAUUUCCUUAUAAUAACAAGUGAAAAUGUUUAAACAGCUAAUAUAAAAAUUCAACCAUUUCGAAAGGGUUGCAUUAAGAAAUUACAAAAUUAUUGUAUUUGUCGAUUUUAUAUUUUUUAUUUUACAUUAUGACAAUUGGACUAUUGACUUAAAAUAUUUUUGAACCUAUCAUAUUUUGAAAAUCUUUAAGCUGACCAGGAGAAGAAAAUCCGGGUACCGUUUUCGUGUCAAGAUCCGGGCACUGUGUCUUGGUGACGUUAAAAAUAUAUGCAAUAUAUCUACAUGUUAUGUAAAUAAGCAGCAGAUUUACAUAAGUAAUCUAGAAUAUUACAGAUUAGAUAUAUACUUUAUUUAUCAUUAUAUAAAAAGCAUACUUCAACAAUUGUAUUCGUUGAGAAUAUUAUGAAUAACGUCAUAUAACGUUUGUUUAUUUGCUAUUUUAUUACCUUUUAAAUUAAGUAUCGCAUCAGAUCAAAGUGAGAAAAAUGAUUACCUAGUGAUGUGACCUCUUGUUCCACACAUAGUGUGGCUAAGUGUUAGUAAAUUCUUGUUAACUUUAAUGAUCCCUGUCCCACUGCAGGGGGAAAUCACUAGAGAAUCACACUGAAGCCUUUCGUACAUAGAGUAACCCCCCCCUUCGUUGUUUUUGGCUUUAACUAUAGCGCGACUGUGCCAGGUGAUCCGGUGACCAGGUAGUUCAGUUGGUACAUCCUCGAUAUCCAGGGGAUACGCUCACUUUUGCUCUCUACACUCCUGGAAUAUGUCAUAGCAAAAUCGAAGGCUCAGUGUGCAGCACCUUGUGGACAAACCGAGAAGACUAGUUUGAUCCUUUGAUGUUCAUCAAAAGAAUCUCGUGGUCGCGUGUCGGUAAAACUUACUGGCUUUGAAGUAGGGUGACGCAUCUCUGUAAUCUUCAAAGAGCAUGCAUCAGCCAAGUGAUUGGUCAGAUUUUUUUGCCUGACACCAAUCAAAAAGCUAGGCGCGUGCCUUUAAUUUUGCUAUGACAUAUUCCAGGGGUGCAGAGAGCGAAAAGGAGCGUAACCCCUGGAUAUCGAGGAUGAGUUGGUAGAGCGAGACCAUAAAAUCCUGGCCUGGUCUCACUCAGGUGUGGUUUUCUAUUCAGUAAUGAUUUAACAAUGCAUAGUUACAUUUUUUGGCAGUGGUAUGGUGAUCCUUAAAAAUACUUUUCUGACCGACUACUGUUACUCAACUAAGAAAAAUAUCAGCAGUGAAAAUUAAGACCAAUAGUACAGUUGGUAUAACGAACUUGGCAACGGUCAGGAGGACCAAACUGUGACCUUGACUUUGAAAGGAACGAGGCGAACAUCUAUUCCUUAACAACGUUAGCAUAUUAAAUUAAUGUAAUGUAUAUUGAAGCUAAAAUAUAUGUAUCACGUUUAUGUAACAUAUUGCAGUAUGAUUGUACAGGAUAUAUAUAUAUAUAACAUACUCAAGACUCACAAUAAUAUUUUUUAAAGAGAUA